AUGGCCCCGGCAUAUUUAAAGGUUGCGACGGAAGAGUCGGAUUCGAGGCCUCCACUGGGUACACCCGCACAUAUGGCGACAACAACUUUGAAAGUCGGCGGCAUGACCUGCGGCGCUUGUACGUCUGCGGUUGAGUCUGGAUUCAAGGGUGUGGAGGGGAUCGGAAGCGUGUCAGUCAGUUUGGUUAUGGAACGGGCUGUAAUAAUGCACGACCCAGAGAAAAUCAGUGCAGAGACAAUACGAGAUACGAUCGAGGAUCGAGGGUUUGACGCGGAGGUUUUGGCUACGGAUCUACCAUCACCGACGUUCGACAAAAAAGGGUACCCGUAUAAUGAGGAGGAGGACGCAGAAGACGCAACUACGACAACUACACUGGCUGUGGAGGGUAUGACAUGCGGCGCUUGCACGUCAGCGGUUGAGAGUGGCUUCAAAGAUGUCGUAGGAGUCAAGCAUUUCAGUAUAUCAUUACUGUCAGAAAGAGCGGUGGUGGAGCACGACUCCUCUCUUCUGAGUGCCGAACAAAUUGCGGAAAUUAUCGAAGACAGAGGCUUUGGGGCAACCAUUGUCGAAUCAGAUUUAUCAAAACCCAAGACAAUCAGUGUAGGAGGAGGAAACUCGUCAGGUAAAGACAAGGUAGCGACCACCACCGUUGCUAUCGAAGGAAUGACCUGCGGAUCCUGCACAUCUGCCGUCGAAGGUGGUUUCAAAGAUCUGGAAGGACUAAUACAAUUUAAUGUCAGUCUACUGGCAGAACGUGCGAUAGUCAUACACGACCCCUCAAAACUCUCCGCAGAACAAAUUGCCGAAAUCAUCGAAGAUAGGGGGUUCGAUGCCAAGAUCCUAUCAACAGAUUUAGGGUCCGCAAACCAGACCUCUGACGCUACCUCGUCCCAAUUCAAGGUGUUUGGAGUAAGAGAUGCAGCAGCUGCUACAGCGUUAGAGGCCAAGCUUCAGUCAUUACCUGGCGUUAAUUCUGUAAAGAUCAGCCUCGCUACUUCUCGACUUACCAUCAACCACCAACCCAACAUCGCUGGCCUUCGCGCACUAGUUGAGCUUAUUGAAGCCCAGGGCUACAAUGCUCUUGUGGCAGAUAACGAUGAUAAUAACGCUCAACUUGAGUCACUUUCCAAAACCAAGGAAAUCACAGAAUGGCGAACCGCCUUUAGGACAUCGUUGAUGUUCGCUAUCCCAGUCUUUUUGAUCAGCAUGAUCUUUCCUAUGAUCCCGUUUUUAGACUUUGGAAGCUUGAUAGUUUUCUUUCCCGGUCUAUAUCUCGGCGAUAUCAUCUGUUUAGUCCUUACGAUACCCGUCCAAUUCGGCAUUGGAAAGCGUUUCUAUAUUUCUGCAUUCAAAUCGCUGAAGCACGCCUCACCCACUAUGGAUGUCCUAGUUGUCCUUGGUACUUCUGCAGCAUUUUUCUUCAGCAUUGCAGCCAUGAUUGUUUCUAUCUGCGCUCCACCUCAUACUCGACCCAGUACUAUUUUCGAUACGAGCAGUAUGCUCAUUACUUUUAUUACCCUCGGACGAUUUCUCGAGAAUCGAGCAAAGGGUCAAACCUCCAAGGCGCUCUCAAAACUUAUGUCACUCGCUCCAUCAAUGGCAACCAUAUACGCAGACCCCAUCGCCGCAGAAAAAGCUGCCGAAGGUUGGGAGGUUGCAAUUGGUGCCGGAAAGGAACCAAAAGAAUCUACCCAAGAAGGCAACGCAGCAGAAGAGAAAGUCAUUCCUACCGAACUCAUUCAAGUUGGCGACAUUGUCGUUCUACGACCUGGUGACAAAAUUCCAGCUGAUGGAACAGUCACUCGAGGGGAGACAUAUGUCGAUGAGAGCAUGGUGACUGGAGAGGCUAUGCCAGUUCAAAAACGAAAAGGCAGCCUCCUGAUUGCAGGAACUGUAAAUGGUACAGGCAGGGUGGACUUCCGAGUCACAAGAGCUGGUCGCGAUACGCAGCUCAGUCAAAUCGUCAAGCUUGUGCAGGAGGCUCAAACUACAAGAGCACCGAUUCAACGUCUUGCCGAUAUGAUCGCUGGGUACUUUGUGCCUACCAUUCUCAUCCUUGGAUUCCUUACAUUCAGCAGCUGGAUGAUCCUAAGCCAUGUUCUUUCUCAUCCACCCGAGAUCUUUUUGGACGAAGCCAGUGGCGGCAAGUUCAUGGUUUGUGUAAAGCUCUGCAUCUCAGUCAUUGUCUUUGCUUGUCCCUGUGCGCUUGGCCUCGCUACACCUACCGCUGUCAUGGUCGGAACUGGUGUUGGUGCAGAGAAUGGAAUCUUAGUCAAAGGCGGUGCUGCUUUGGAGACUGCAACCAAGAUUACCCAAGUCGUUCUUGAUAAGACCGGAACUCUUACCAUGGGCAAAAUGAGUGUUGCCAAGUUCAACCGCGUUUCAGCGUGGGAGAGCAACGAGUGGAGAAAGAGACUGUGGUUGUCGAUCAUUGGGCUCGCAGAGAUGGGCAGUGAACAUCCCAUUGGCAAAGCUAUCCUAGCAAAUGCGAAGGAGGAACUUGGCCUGGGCAUCGAGGGGACUAUCGACGGUAGCGUCGGUGACUUUGAGGCAAGCGUAGGAAAAGGUAUCAGUGCUCUCGUCGAGCCAGCUACCAACGCCGAACGAACCCGUUACCGCGUACUCAUUGGCAGUGUGCGCUAUCUCCAAGACAACAAAAUCGUUGUUCCCCAAGAAGCAAUCAAUGCCUCUGAAGAAACCAAUCUGAAAGCCGCCGGUCCCUCAAAGACCACAUCAGCAGGAACAACCAACAUUUUUAUCGCAGUCGACGGCUCCUACACCGGGUAUCUCUGCCUCGCCGACACUGUAAAAGACAGUGCCCGUGCCGCCGUAGCUGUCCUGCACAAAAUGAACGUCAAAACAGCCAUCGUGACCGGCGACCAACGCUCCACCGCCCUCGCCGUAGCCCGCAUCGUCGGUAUAUCGCCCGAAAACGUCCACGCAGGCGUAACGCCCGACCAGAAACAAGAAAUCAUCCGCAAUUUUCAGAAACAAGGCGAAUGCGUCGCCAUGGUCGGCGAUGGCAUCAACGACUCUCCCGCGCUCGCAACGGCUGAUGUCGGCAUCGCCAUGGCCUCUGGCACAGACGUCGCGAUGGAAGCCGCGGACGUGGUGCUCAUGCGUCCCAACGACCUUAUGGAUAUCCCGGCCUCCAUCCAACUCGCGCGCUCGAUCUUCAACCGUAUCAAGCUCAACCUGUCCUGGGCCUGCGGAUAUAAUCUCAUCGGCCUCCCUUUCGCCAUGGGAUUCUUCUUGCCGUUUGGAUGGCAUUUGCAUCCUAUGGCUGCUGGCGCGGCUAUGGCCGCUAGUUCCGUAAGUGUCGUUGCGUCUAGUUUGCUCUUGAAGUUCUGGAAGAGACCGCAGUGGAUGGAAGACGCGCUGGUGGAGGAGAGGGGACAGAUCCAACGGAAGGGGAAGGGCUGGGGGUUUAUGGGUAGGCUGGGUGAUGUGGUGAAGAGUGUGACGGGACGCGGGAGGAGGGUCGAGGAGGAAGGAUCGGCGGGCCUAAAGGUUUCAGGCAUAAAUCUAACCUCCUUAUCGCCAGACAUCAACAAACUCAAACCCAACAUCAUGAUGGAACCAGCAGCCAACUCUCCACAAUUCCCCCUCUUCACCCGCCUCCCCCCAGAACUCCGCACUCAGAUAUGGCGUCUCGCCCUACCCUACGAGCUCAAACCAGCCCCAGCCCUAUUCUUCUACAAAAGAGGCUGCUGGGAACCCAGUCGCUCAAUAGAAGGAGAGCCGUAUCGAGGCCCGAAUGAUGAGCUGGAAAAUUUGUAUUUCAAAUUUCAUUGUGAGUUGCUGGAUCAUGUUGAAUAUGCCAUGCCGCUUGUGGGUGUUAAUCGGGAAGCGAGAGGGGUUGUGGGGGAAUGGUUGGGUGCCCAGGGUAAGAUGGGGAUUCGGAUUGAACGGCGUGGGGCUGUGCAAGGGGUUGGCAACGGGGAAGGUCAAGAUCAAGAUCGAGAGCGAGACCAGGAAGAGGAAGAGGAUAUGUGUUCUAAAUUUACGUUCACACGUCCUUACAACUCAGCACAAGACGCGCUGUUCGUCACACAAGACACCUGGAACGAUUUCCUCACCGAACCCUCAGAUCGGCAAUUCGAGCCUGAUCUACUCUUCGUAACCGUAACGCUCUGGGCUGAUCCUAAGAUCCUCGCCAUUCCAAAAACUCUUAUCCAGGAUCACGAUGCUUUGCGUUCUUUUUCGGACAUCUUUAUGUCCUUUGAUGGGUUGGAAAAGCUACUCGUUAUCGUUAAUGAUCUGCAUCUGCAUGUGGAUGAUGGGAAGAAACGGUGGGAGUUUGGAUUUGAGAGUGUGAAGCGAGGAGGCCUGGUUUGGAAUCUUGAUAAGAGAUCUUUUGAGUAUGCGGACGGUGUGGCGACGGGUGAGGAGGUUUUGGGCGUGGAGGAGGCAAAUGGAAGUAUGGGUGAAGGGUUGACAAAUGAGCGGAAGAAGGGCUUUGAGAUAUGGCCUGCGGUUGCUGUUAGGAGAUAG